CAAAAAACUUCUUUUUUUUUGGUGGCCCAUUUUUCGUUUUUCAUAAUUUGUUAUUUCUCCCUUUUUUUUCUUUCGUUUACACCAAACAAUUUUCCUCCCAAAAAGGUGUGUUUUCGGUUUCACUGAAAGUGUGUAUGCGUUGCUAGUUUGCCGCACCAUAAAGCCGAGAGAGGAAAUUUGGGAAGUGCGAGAUAUGGGUGGUAAAAAAUUGAUAAAACUUUUUUCCCCCAGUUUUGUUAUGAACUGAGAACAUUUUUUCUUUUCCCUACAUGUGUGUGUGUGAUACUUUAUUUUGUUCACUCGCACACCGCUCAUCAUUCUUAUAGACUCAUGUACGGGGCGAAGCAAAAAAAUCUCCAUAUCCGUAUGAUAAAAUGAAAAGUUUACAUACAGGGAAAAAAAAUCCACCCGUUUGUACCAAUUGAAAGCACUUUAGCACUUUUGUAUGUAUGCCAUGUCUUGUGUAUGUGUUUUGCAGGUGAGCUUCACAAAACAUCCCAAUCAUGACGAGCACGAUCACGAUGAUGCUCACACGCGUAGACCGCACCGUUGAAGACCCUUUAUCCUUUCAAGGCUUUUUUUAUUCUGUCCAUUCCUGUACACGCCAAAAAAAAGGAACCACUGACACUGAACACUCUUUUUUCGCGGCCACAAAAGUUGCCGUUGGGUUUUGUUGUGCGGGAUUAUUUACGCGCAAGACUUCUCAACAAUCAUCACCACCCAAGCACAAAUAUGCUCCGCCAAGCGUACACAAAUAUGUGAACCCCUCCCCAGUUGUACACCGUACGCUUCAUUCCCGAGCAUUUACCGAAAAUAAAAUGAAAAGUCUUUAUUAAUUUGAUUGGCCUGAUUAUUUUGUGCCCGCAUCGACACCACCCGGACGGUUGAUGAGGUGUUUGAAAUGAAACCAGUGAAGGAAUUGAAUUUGAAUUCGACGCAAAUUCCACUGAUACACACACACACGCACAGAGCAUACCGUCGGCAGGAGGGGAAAACGGGGGAAAAGAUUCUUCCUAACGCACCUUCAUCAUUGUCGAUACGAAUCGGCUUUAUUUCGGUAGCGUAAGAAGAUCCACCAAUCUACAACACUUCCUUGCGCGCACAUCCAUCGUAAGGAGGGUUUUAAUAUUACAAGCUGAUUACAAACGGUGCGUGAAAAUGCGUAGGAAACGUUUGUACCGCGUGAGAAAUAAAAAUAUGAUUAAACCUUACCAAGAAUUGGUCGGUGUGCAGCGAUGACAACUCGCACGCAUGCAUUCAAACACCUGUGCGUCACGGCACGGCUGGUUCGCCUAACUUGGUUUAACAUCACAUUUGCACCGGAAGUAGCACGGAAAUUUAAAAACUUUUUGGCACAAAAGUACCUUACAUUGGGAAAGGAAUGUUGAAGAAGACGCGAACCUGGUUGCUGGUAGGAAUGGUCACAGCUUGCGAUCCACUUAUUAUUCGAAGCGGGGGCGGGGAAAUUAUUCAAUUUACCUGAACCGAACAACUUUCGCCUCGUAUAAGUUGUUUGGCAGGCACAUUGUUUCCACUUUCGGUUCUUGAUAAAUAGAUCAGCAGGAAACGGUUGGUACAGCAAAUCAUGUCUUCGUCUUGGCAGAUUGUGCAACGUGUAUGGUGUUUAUAAUUUUUUGAAACAUUCAUUUCCUUGAAGAAAACUUAUUUUUAGUCGUAAAAAUGCUAUCUAGUACAUAUCUAUUACCUAUUAGAAUAGUUCCUUUCGUUAGAACAUUCUAUUGAUUAAUUUAUACAUGCUAACUUCUUUGAAAAUUUCUCCUCUAUCUUACCUCUUUGAAUACUCUAUCGUAUCAUGCAUCAGUGAAGAUUCUUUCAGCUCCUUCAACUCCACCUCAGGCAGGGCUAUUAGCUGCUUGCCAUUGCUUCUUCGCUUUCCUCUCUCCAUCUUGUGCUCCUGAAUUUUAUAUCUUCUCUGUUUUUGAUAUCAUUAUUCUUGAUACCUUUUCACUACUACGAAUUACCUUUUUCACAUGGUCAAAUUUAAAAUCAUACAUAGAAAAGUGCUCUCUGACUUCCUUUAUUAUUACAAUUCAUAUCCUCGAUAUAUAAAGCAAAAUUAGAGUAUCAUAGAGUAGACCACCUUUAGACACGCCUGGCAAAAAGCUUUCCAUAUUCCUAAUUAUAAACCGUUGCAUGACAAAAACCAGGAAUAUGUUGAAUAACAGGCAUCCAAGAGAUUAACCUUCGGUUAGUUUGGAACGGAUCAUUGCGCCACCCCAACAGUGAUCCCAACAAGCGUACUAACUUUCAACGGAAUCACCUCAGGUUGAUCUUCCAAAACCUCGCUCAAAUAUUAAUAUGCACUAAUUUGGCCAAUAGUACAGUGAAACAGACGAUUGCCAUUAUGCUGCUAGACCUGACAUGAAAUAACACACAUCAACAUCUACAAUCACGCAAUCAGCGCGCUUGUUCAACAGACUACACGAUGUAGAUGGACGAUUAAUGCACACGAUUGUUACAUCUUCUUCCCUUAGCAUGUCAAUGAAAAUAUAAUUGUUGAUUUAUCAAAUAUUCUAUUCCCAACCAGAGCAGCAAUUUCUCAUUACCUCGUUGAAGCUUGCCAUAACAACAUGCACGGUACGGUGGAAACAACAGUCCGUACGAUACGAUCUGCGAUCUUGUUGGUGCUCACAAUUCUAGUGGUGAAGCAUUACUGCGGUCCAGUAACGGUCAUGUACGAACGGUUGGAACAACGCGAAGGUUUUCAUAUGUUCGAUUCCAGAAAUAUGCGUAUCCGGAAGUACAACCGAACGGUAUCUGUGUUAGACGGUACAUUUGAAUUGCAUCAAUCGUUGGAUGACGACUAUUCCUUUACAGUUGAGCUAUCUUACAGUACGCUGGGCAACAAUCAGUUCAUAAAGUCACCGUUCCGGUUGCCGUUGCAAAAGAUGUGCCAAUUCCUAAACACUACCUAUCGCGACUACCGAGAGUUUUACAGAAAAACGACGAACUUUCCCGACGUUGGUACAUGUCCGGCAGAAGCGAAGCAGUAUUACAUCAAAAAUAAGGUACUGGACGCAAAGAUAUUCAACGAUUAUUUCCAGGCAGGAUUGUGGAAGGUAACGUUAAUGUUGUUGGAGAAAAGCGAUUUACAAGUACCUGUCGUUGUCGCAGAUUUGCUGUUUAAAGUAUCACGCGAAGGUAUGUUUUGACACGUGUUUAGCUUAAAAGAUUAUGAACAAUGGCAAAUAUUUUUAAUUUAAUAUAUUUUGAAUCGUGGCAGCUAAACAUUGUAGUGAAACGCCUAGCAUAAACGAUCGAACGAAGGGAGCUUGUUUUUGUAGUCUUAACGUUUUUUUCCCUUUUUGCAUACACUCCACUUCCUAUACUUAUUUUUCUUUAUCAAAAUACACCAAUGCAACACACUUCAAUGAAACAACAUAAAUAAAUUAUCUCUCUGAUUAAAAAGCUGUACUCAUUACUGAGAAAAAACUUAGUGCGUUGAUAUGUGUAAAUGUUCUUCUAUCAUCGCCAUGAGGUAAUAUAAAAUACAAAAAAAACCCUGAGUCCAAUCCCUUCCCAUCGUGCCAUGCAUAACUGUGGUAAAGACGAAACUUAUUAAAUCGAUCACUCAAAAAAUUACUUGCCAAAAAACUUUUAAAAAAUACGUCGUCUAAUCAAAAGAUCAGCCUUCACAUUGCGGAGUCCACAAUGAUCUGAUAGCUUACUUGCUCAGAUACUUGA